AUGGCUGCGGACGUCAGCGACACCAUUGCCAAUUAUUUCGCAGGUGGAAGCGAUUCUUUGACGUUUAUUCCCCGGAGCUUGAGUGGACUGCCCAGCGUGGUACCCAUUGGCGGCGUGAAUAGGCGGGAAAAGCUUCUCCAAGCCAGCGAGAGCCCGACGGCAUGCUACGAGGCUGCCAUCUGGGCUGUCCAGCUCCCCGACAACCUUCGAUAUCUGGGCAGAACCGGUGCGGAUGAAGAACUCGAGAUUUUCGACGAUGCUCUUCAGCGCAGAGACCUCGAUGAGAAUGAGCCUCAAUUUAUUUGGGGCAUCCCGGACGGUCUCGAUGUAGAACUUGCAGGAACGCCACAACGCUGGCACCAGCGGCCAAAGCCUCGGCCAUUCUCAAUUACCGAAUGGGCCAACGAACAGCCAACGCUUGUGUUGAAUAACACGGAUACCGGCAAGAUGCCCCGCGCGAGGCUCCAGCUCACCAACGUGAGGAAUGAGGAGACAGUGUACCAGCACUGUCUGCUGGUCACAGGCACGUGCCACGACUAUUCGGACCCCGAAGAUUUCGUCGCUGUAAGGGCCAGGGAUGGCUUCCAUCAGUCGGUGCCCCAGCAGAACUGGCCGGUUGCAAAUGGGACAUUCAAGUGUCUGUUGAUGCUGCAGCCCGGUCCAAACAGGGUUGACUUUGACCUGCACCACAAGGGCAGCAUGUGCGGCUCCGAGCGGAUCAGUCUGCAGUACCAACCUUUGCUGCAGCUUCCGCCUCUCCAUCUUGCCAUCAUGGUGGCUCGGGACUCGCCUCUCUUGAUGGACUGCCCGCCUGCAAAGCAUGGCGCCAUCAGCAGUGCUCACAGUAGCUUGGAUGCCGCCAUCAAGAAGCUGAAGAUGGCAGCAUACAUGUGGCAGGCUCUCGUGGCCGAGGACUUUCGUCUGCGCGGGCUGGGAAGACGGAGCUUUCGCCUCGACGAGGAAUGGGGUGUCGACACUACCACCGCCUCGUCUCUGCAGUGCGACCCGGAUACAGCCAGAAUGGACGCCAUAGCGAAGGUUCAAGUGAUCCGAAGCGAGAGGAGUCUUGCUGAGCUACGCAACGCCGAUGUCGCGCAGCAGAACCACCGCAGUCGUAACCGCGAGGGACUCUACACCUACUUCGAGGAAGCCCUCGCUCAUCACGGCUCACCGUUCGUCGGCGCAACCCGUCCAGUGGUUGCCGGUAUGAUCCAGGACUCGCACUAUUUUGUUGAAAAGAGCCUCAUUCUGGCACACGCAGCACGUGGGUGUCACAAGCCAGCAGGUCUUUCUCUGGGCGUUUUUGGCAGCCAUACCACCUAUGCUUGGCCGAGGUUUCUCGAAGAGAUCCCGAGCUGUUUGCUCGAUACUACGCCCACGGGUGAUGCGGUUGCCAACGACCGCGGCGCGUGCUCAACCAUGCAGGGAGCAUGUUGUUUUGGACAGGAGUCCAUGCUCCAACAGAUACGAGGUGCCUUCGGUGCUGAGAUGACGGCCGGGACAAGGACCAUCGAAUCUUCGAAGCCGUGGUGUGACGCUUUCCUCGCACUACCCCGAGCGGGUGAAAAGGACUUACAGUCAGGCAAAAGGCCUAGUCCUCUGUGGGAUCUUCAAGACGCGCUGAGGCUGUUGGCCAAGGAUCACUUCAAGCUCCCUGGCGAUAGGCGAUAUACUGCGACGGAGCAGGACAGUCCGGUGAUGGUCCGCUGUGUCCUAAACGACCAGGACGAAGCCUGCUUCGAAGCAACCAGCUUGGCGGGUCUGGCCAGAAUACGCUUUACCGACGACGUUGACAAGGUCGUGAAAGAGAUCAACUUCUGCAGCAAGGAAGAGCUCGACAACACGAUCACCCCCGGUCCCACCAAACACAUCUUGACGACGGAGGCGCUAGAGAAGGAAUUUGACCGCUCACGGCCCAUAGGGAUCGAGGUGCUGAGCAUGCAUGGCAAGAUGCACAAGGUGAAGGACCUGUGGAGUCUGCUUGCAGACCAGCCCUUCAUCAAGGUGCCCGGGACUUCCCUGGUGCUGUCAAAGCGCUCCAUCAAAGGCGCCCAUCUGGAGCAGAACGACGACGGCAGCAGGGACUGGUGGAGAUGGGCCAUGCUCCUGAAGCGAAGACAUCGAGAGGGAGGAUCGCGUCUGACGUACGCCAACAAAAUCGACCUGCGGAUCGGAGCCACGAUGGACGGAGCCGUCAUACACUAUAACGACGGCACACGAGCCAACUGCGGCAAGGCCGACCAGUCUCAUUACGGCGGACAUCAACACCAACACAAGACGCUCUCGGAAAGAGACGUCUUCGAGAUCACCAGGGUGUCCAUCAACCCCGGCAAUCACCACGGCAGCCUCGACGGCUGCCGCAUGACACUAUCAAACGGCCAGUCCUGGGGCGCAAUCAACAUUAACCACCACCACGGGAAUGCCGUAGUUCGCCAUCUCGUGGCAGGGGCAGACGAGCGGAUAAUCGGCUUUUACGGCCGGAGCGAUAACGGUAGCGGGUUCACUUUCGAGUUCGGGAUCAUCACGGCGCCCAAGAGCGUGGUCGACGGCGAUGAGGGGCUGCCCAGGGAGAUAUACAGCAUGCCCGAGCUGAUGAACACGAAUGGGGGCCUUGUUGCUAACGUCGACCCGCCCUCGGGUUCGGAUGACGAUGAUGAUGAUGAUGACGAUGAUGAUGAUGAUGACGAUGAUGACGACGACGAGGAGAUGGAUGAAGACGAGGAUUAG